AACAAUUCCUCCACACGAACUGUGCGAAAUGACAAAAACACCGGUUUUUGCACUCCACUUGAAGGACUGGAGUCUCCCAGGGGCUCACAGAAUCCUACAAGUAAUCCACAAUGUCGAGAUCCUCCAGGAAGCAGCGACCUUUAUACUCGACAACCUUUUCAACGAUGAGAUUCCGCCACCCGAAGUCCAGUCAAUCACCAUCAUCGUCACAACGGAUGAUUUCCUCAGGAGCAUAGGAGCAGCCGCUUUCCAUUCCAGCUCCGACCUAGAUCCAACACGACGGACGAUCGAAAUAUCCGAAACCUGGCUCUCGAGCCUAUCACCCGAGAGACUUGCUGCAGAACUUCUCGGCGUUCUGAGACACGAGCUAGUACAUUGCUUCCAGCCUGAACCUCCCACACAGACACCUAGCGGUCUCGUUGAAGGGAUUGCAGAUUGGGUGAGGCUUAUUUCGGGGCUUAGACCGCCGCAUUGGGAAGCGCGGAAGACGUCCUGGGACGCUGGAUAUGACACUACGGCGUAUUUUCUGGCAUACUUGGAAGAGGAAUAUGGAAGGGGGACUGUUGCGGCUAUCAAUAACAAGGCUUUUUGUGUGGAUUACUCUCCGGCUAUCUGGAAGGAGCUGCUGGGAAAAGACGUGGAUAUGUUGUGGGAUGAAAAAAUGGACUCGCCCUCCGACAGCUCUACGAAUUCCUCGCCCUCAAAGAAUUGGGCAGAAAAGCUCGACGAUGCAAACGCCGAACCACACGGAUUGAGGCAGCAGCCGUGGAAGAAGAUCCUCAAAGAAGAUGAGAAACACCAUUCAGGCCCGGACCUGGCGCCCAUAGACUGCGCAGGAUGUAUCCCACCGACCCCCAGUGUUGCGGCUUGACAGUGGAAUUAUUGUCGUUGAUCAACAACUACUAUAUAUUGAUUUGUGCUAGUGUCAACUGAGAGGGUACUUCUAUCAAGGCAUGAGGAGCCUAAGAGUGAAGCCUAGUAAAUAAGACUGUAGAGAACCACCGAUGUGGCAAUAGUCUGGAUACUCCGACUUAACAUUAUCAGAGCUUGAGAUUAACUCAUCUGCCACUUCAACCCAAGUUCAGAAAGUAUAAUAACAGAAAGAGAAAUAGGC